AUGACUAUGAGGCCUUCCAACCCGUCUGUUCAACCCUUCCCCGGCGGCGGCCCGACCGUCUACACGCGCCGCCGCGCCCGCGAGCCAGAACCUCGUGAGGCCCACGCCGGCAUCGUCCAGCUGCUCCCAGUCUUGGUGCUGGUGCUGCUGUCGAUGAUGUCUGGGUUCUUCAUCUCCGAGCCGGUGUUCAGCCUCACGCCAAGUUCCAAAUACCCGGUGGCGAGGGAGACGGUCAACCUCAAGACAUACAGAUACCUCGACUUUGUUAUCGUUUACAAACUACCUUUUAUUAUUCCAGGACUUGACGUGACGGAUGAAAACGGCAAGAUCAUUGGCAAGUCGCAGCUGGCUCCUGUGAAGGGAAUAUCACAAGUUGUCACGUCAAGGAUAGUAAUGUGCGCGCCAGGCAUGCUUCUCCUGCCGGUCAUCAUGGAGCGUUUAGAACCUAAACCUUGGAUGCAACGCAUUCGCUGGGCGCACAUCGGCAUACAAACCGCUAUUGUGGGCAUGUUCUUAACCUUCAUGGUGCCUACUGCCUGCGCGAUAUUCCCGCAAAGAUGUAAAAUAUCAAUCGACACAAUCCAGCGUUUCGAAAAAGAUAGGUACGAAGAAAUAGUGAAAAACACCGACGGAAAACCACCGCAGUAUGUAUACUUCAACAAGGGAUUGUAAAUAAGUGAAAGUAUUGUAUUAGGUUAAAACGUAGGCUAGAUUUAUAGGGUGGUUAAGGGUUGCCAGUGAAAAAAUCGGUAAUGACAAUGCGAGUACUUAUGGGGUUGAUUCUGGGAGUAUUCUCUCAAACUAAAAUUCAAUACAAAAUACUGUUCAACGUUGAUAUCAUGAGACCCUGAAAUUUGUACAAAAUUAUCUCGUUUAUUAAAGGGAGAAUCUACUGUAUCAAGAACCGAAAGAUAAAACAUCUGAAUAUAAAAUUAUGUCUCAUGAAAUUAAAUAUGGAUUCCGAAUUUCCGAGCCUAAAUUGUGAACUAAAACGUGAAUGGAAUAAGUUGAAUCGUUAAUACUUAAUACCGUUACCGAUAUAUCAUGAAACUUUUUACAACUGGCAACUCUGUAGAUUGUCGUCGGAGAAAAUAUCGCGCGCGAGUUAAAUGCCGAAAAAAAAAAUAUUCCAAAAAGUUUACAUUUAACUAGCGCGUGAAUUAUUGUUUUUAAGGAAAAAUGAAUUGAUAGUAAUUUAGUUGAUAAGAUUUAGUAAAGAAGUCAAUUGUUCAAUUAUGCUAAUAGGCGUUUUGCUUUAAGUUUAGACGGCUGAAGUGUAUGGUCAAACGUCUACUACACUUAUACUAAUGCUUUUGUGCUUGCUAAUGUAUUAUAAGCCGUCCAGCCAGUGUUAACGAUAUACGAUAACGUUACCGUUAUCGAGUCGUCUUGGGGGAAAACGCCUAACGUUUUUGUUCACGCAAUGUUAUUAAAAUGUGCUAAACAUAAAUGGGCACACUUUUUUCGUUAGGGGCCCGAAAAUUUGCUGCAAUAAAUUCCUACAAGUGGACUUUGCCCAGAAAACCUACUUUAUUCAAUAGUCCACGCUAAUAAAAAUAGGUAAAUGAUACAAAUUAAAAACAGUGACAUCGAACUGUCUAUGUAUCUUGUAGUUUGAGUUUGAGAGAGACCUCUUUUUUACCCGACCGCGCCAGAAGGAGGGUUAUGUUUUUUACAAAGUGCAAUAUGAGGAUAUUGGGUCAGUUCAAUCUCUCUGUCAUACUUUAUUUACGGAUACAGAUGUCAUAUUUUGUAUUAGCGUGGACUUACACCAUUUUUGCUCACUUUUGUGAUAAGGGCGAAGUUCCACGCGAUUUUUAAGUUACUUAAUCAUUCGUUGAUGCUUAAGAAAAAUAUUGUUUUUAUAUUGAUCAUUUUUAGUUUUAUUUUAUAUUUCUAUCGAAUAAUUAGGUACAUUAAAUUUAAGUAUACUAAACUUUAUCUCGUUUAUUGAAAGUAUGAUAAUUUUAUAUUUUUUAUUUCAUUUACAAUGUCGAAUUAUUGUCGGAUCUGGUUUUUUAUCUUAUUUUAAAUAAUUUUAUAAUGUUUAUGUAUGUAAUCAAAUAAUCACAUUCCAAAUUCUUUACUAAGUCUUGUGAGUGAUUUUAUAUAUUCCGUUUAUUUUAUUCUGAUGAGUGUGACACCGAAUUGAAAUCUAGUCUAGUGGCUAUUUAUGUAUUUUUAAUAUUUUUAUUUUAUUUUGUGCCAUUUAUCAAGCAUGUUUUCAUUUUAUUAACAAUAUUUUAUGAAUCUUAAAGACCGUACAAAUAUUUUGUUUAUUUAUUUGGUUUUUAAUUCAAGUAUUUUCUUGUGAUUUUUGUAGAGUAGUUUAAAGGUUUUAAUAUGCUGUGCAUUUUGUAUUUUGUAUUUAUAUGUAUAUUGAAACAAUACCAUUUGGGUGCACAGUAGUGCCGCGGCAAGUUCUUAAAAAAUGAAACUACAUACAAUGCGUCUGUUGGCUUUAGCUUAACUUAUUUUUUUGCCUGUUAUAUAAUACCGUUAUCUGUGAUGGUUAUAAGACAUUUUACUGUUUGUGUGACUGAUUGUUAAUGUUUUGUUGCACAAUGAGACAAUAAAUCAUAGAUCAUAACUA